UCAAGUGAUUUCUUCAUUACAAAGACUAUCAAUCAGUUUCUGAUUAACAAAUCAAGUGUUCAAUUGAGACGAGUCUUAAGCCAUGCAUUACAACAAAGUCUUACUCUCUGUCACUCAUCUCAGACUACUGGCGGUGGACUUACAGCCAAAGCACUCGUUUGAGACAAUUGACGGCACGGGAUGGCCGGCGGUGUCGGGCCUAAGACACGCUCGUAUGGACGCAAACCCGAUAACAAUAGCUGAGACAGCGUUUGAAAGUUUGGUGACAGUGAAGCAGACAUUAGUCGCGGGUCGGGUGGCGGAUGCCGAGACACGUCGCUCACCAGACGCCGGACGAGUAUGCAAUGUGUCUACUGGUUUUGUAGUGGCCGUUUCGGGCGAACUCGUCAACUACGUGGUGACCACCGCAAAGGCCGUGGGCAAUGCCAAAUACGUGACACUUAGCAAACUGGGCACACCGUUUAACCGACGCUGUUUUGUGAAGUACAGGGAGCCCGAGCGCGAUCUGGCGCUUAUCGUUUUGCCGGAAAAGGUGGCAAUGAAAUCAGCCGUCGAGUUUGUCGACAAGGAUGUGCUCCAAGAGUUGAAAGCCACCCGCGAUGUGCUGACAGUGACCUGCGCCGAGACAUACACGUCGGUCACCAGCGGUAUUGUAGUCCAUCGGUGCCGAACCGGCGACCAGAUUAUCAAGAUUGCCAAGACGUACGGCUUUAUCACACCCGACAUGAAGUAUAUACAACACACGGCCGCCUUUCCCUUUGACACCUCUGGGUCGCCACUAAUCGACCUUAAAAGUGGUAAAGUGUUGGGCGUGUCUUUCUAUCAACAGCGGGUCGACGGGGUUCCCCUGUAUUUCGCGAUUCCCAGCUAUGAGAUCCAA